AGCGAUCAAUGAGAGAAGAUUAUUUUUUGAAUUUAGCAGGUCAGGUCAGGGUAACACGCAACUCCAAGUGCUGUGUAUGGAUGAGCAGAAGAGACGCGAAUUUUGUAUGUAUUAGUAGAAAAAUCCCCACCCCAAAGAAAUAUAUAAUACUUCCAAAGUAAGCAAUCCGUUGAUUCUUACAAAGCCAUAGACGGAAGUAUUCAAGAUAUUUCACUCUGCCGAGCUAAUACCGCACAAAUUGAUUUGUACGUAUUUCCUAUGAAUGAUUUUGCAGUUGAAUGUAACCUGUCACAACGCCAAAGCGUUGCAUUUUUGCCAGGGCGUAUACAUUUGAUACCGGACUUCUAGAUUUGAUAACGUGUUAUGAUAGUCCGCUAUAUAGCAAAGGGAAUCGGCAAAAGGGAACGCUUCGGAAAUUUGCCACGAUAAUAAACGUCCUUUACUCUCAGUUUAAAUGGAUAAAUUGUUAUAUUGUGUGGCCGAUUACGAAAAAGAAUCCAGGGCAAAGUUGUCCCAACACGAUUGGGGUUAUUAUGCCGCUGGUUCAGUAGGUGAAGAAACGUUGACAGAAAAUUGCCAAGCUUAUAAAAGGUGGCGAUUCCGGCCUCGAAUAUUACGAAAUGUAGCAAAUGUUGAUAUUUCAACGACGAUUCUGGGUUCGAAAAUAUCUUUCCCAAUUUGCAUCGCACCAUCAGCAUACCAUGGCUUAUGUACACCAGAUGGUGAAAUAUCCACAGCUAAAGCUGCUGAUUCUCUGGGUGUAGGUAUGACAUUGAGUUUAUGGAGCAAUAAAACAAUGGAAGGAAUAGCAAUAGAAGUGCCAAAUUGCAUCAGAUGGUGUCACAUCCAGGUUGUUAGAAAUCGAGAAAUGACAAAGCAUUACGUGAGACGAGCUGAGAGACAUGGAUUCACGGGAUUUAUCGUCACUAUUGAUGAAAACGUUCUAGUAAAACGACAUUACAGAUACUCAAAUGGGAAUGGAUACAACUUUAGCACUACGCUUGCGAGUAAAAAUAUAGGAGAUUCAAUCAAACUCUGGGAACCCAACAAACCAGCCAAUGAGGUGUUCAACGAUUAUUUAGACGGCACAUCUGAUUGGGAGGAAAUAGACUGGUUGAAGAGUAUAACCCAGUUACCUAUAGUCGUCAAAGGCAUAUUAACUGAGGAAAUGGCUUUGGAAGCGAUCGAUCAUCAAGUUGACGGAAUUAUUGUGUCAAACCAUGGUGGAAGAUUAUAUGAUGGUUCUUUUGCAACAAUCGACGCUCUACCAGAAGUUGUGAAAGCCGUGAACGGCAGAUGCGAUGUUUAUCUAGAUGGUGGAAUACGUAAAGGAACUGAUGUAGCCAAAGCAAUAGCGCUCGGAGCCAAAGCUGUCUUUGUCGGGAGACCUAUACUUUGGGGAUUAGCAUGCAAGGGCCAAGAAGGGGUGAAGAAUGUUUUAGAAAUACUGAGAGAAGAACUUGUUAAAACUAUGCAGUUCAUAGGAGUGAAGUCAAUAAAAGAGUUACAGACGACACCCAAAUUAGUUGUUCACGAAACAAGACAUUUCGCCAAACUUUGACGAUAAAUUGCGAUGUCUAAUUUUUGUGUCGCAAAACAAGGGAGAAUUAUUAAGGAAGGCUUUUCGUAAUAUAUAUAAUUGGAAUUUCAUUGUCUGUUUUUGAAAAAUAUAGAAAAUUCUAAUAUUACUUCAAUUUUUGACGAAAAUGCGAUGGAUAGAAUUUUAUUUGUUAUGCGGUGACCGAUGGAAAUAGGAUAAAGAUUACAUUGUGAUAUAGUAAAUUUUCUGAGUUUGUGGCUAACGAAUGAAAAUUCCAUUAUAUACUGAUAACAAUUUGGAUGAGAAUACUUUUGUUUUUCGGAAUCUUUUAUAAAACUUUAUAAGUCAGUGAUAUUGUUACUAACCACCUCAAAUAACAAUUAAAAGAAUAUUUGCUAGAUAAGAAUAAAGUAUUGAAAUAUUUUUUCUGCGGUUAAAGUUUUUUCUAAUGUACUGUGCGGCUUGUAAAGAAUAUUAGUAAAUAAAAUCACACACACUCAAUACAAUAUAAAUCCGCCAAAGCUCUUCAGUUUCACCGAAUUCAGUUAUUGAUGAGCCUAGAUUUAUGUUAGACGUCGCAUAAAUAUUUCUGCCAACUAAAUGCUCACAAUUAGCCUAAAUCGAAAGUUAGUCAUGUCCAAACAGUCAAAAUCAUUCCCCUACCCAGUGAGUCCUUAAGUAAAUAGCAGAUCAGAACAGACGAUUUUCAAACGUGAACUAUUUAUUUGUUUGUAUCGGGUUAAAUUAUUUAUAAUACUUAUUUACAUUCAAUAAAAUUCAUGAAUACAAUAAAGUCGACUGCACUAUAUAAUCUACUAAAACACUGAUUGGUUUGAAUUCAAGCUACCGGUGACUUAUCUAAAUUCUUCCUCCUCCACAUAACAAAAUCAAUAUUAAAUUGCAUAAAAACUUUAAUUUCCACUAAAAAAAAACAAUUUUACAAUUAAAAUCAUCUAAAAUUUUAGAGGUAGAUUUAAAACUAGAAUUAAAAAUGUCUAGAGCAACAAAUUCACCCCAAAAUUACGAUUCACUGUUACUUCAAUACGAAAAUGAUUUUGACCAGUCGCAACCAAUAAAUCGGAAGCCAAGGCUUGAAUUCAAUCAAAAAUUUAUCUUUGGAUUAUUAUCCUCGGCCAAACAAGUUGAAAACAUGCUUGGCAAAAAAUAUAAAGUCGAUGAAUUUCUGAAUGGAAAAUGCCAUGUCGCAAUCAAAUCAAAUUGAUGAACGUUUAAAACGAUUUUAUGACGUGAUGUGUCUCAAAUGCCGAUACAAAAAAAAACAAAUUUCCAAACACUUCAAAAGUUAAAUUUAGAAAGUGAUAUCAAGAAUAUUUUUACUAGUCAGAUCAAAAGAUCUCAAGGCUGAGUGCCGUGCAAAAAUAUUCUAUCACUGUAAAACAGUCGAAUUAAUAUACUAUCAGAAGACUGAUAAUUAUGUUGAUUUCUAUAAUUUUGCAACUCUUCCAAAAAUGUUAAAACUCGUUUAAUGCAGUUUGAUUAAUCAAGGGGCAUAAGGUUUUCAGAAUCGAAGGUUUCAGCGCAAAAUGGUUGUUAUGUGAAUAACAAUAUAAAAUAUUAUUCUCGGUAAAUCUGAAGACGUAAAAUAACUAUUUUAAAAUUGAAAUAUUUUUUUGGUAAUUGUACUUAGGAUCGGAUUUAAUUAUUCAUCUCAGGGGUAUUUAGUCACUAAAACUUUAUGAACUAUAUAUAAACUAUCUUUUA